GAACCAAGGUCAUCGAUCCAUCCAACCACAUCUGUGGCCUGAUGUGGUCCAAGCUCCUCCGGCGCGGGGCAGCCAAGACGUAACCGAAGCUUCCCGUUGGAAUUCUUCCAAAAGUCCAGACCCUGGUCCUCAAACACAUCGUCAUUGACAAACGUCCCGCGUUUGAGCGGCCGCCAGUGUCGCAAUAAGCGUUGAUGCAGGAAACUAUAUCGCCCACCCUAGUUGGAGAUGCGCUAAACUCUACCGCCAGCUCCCUCAUCCAUUGGGGCGGAUUGGCCAAUACUGCCUACCAGUUUGGGUUGAUCGGUUUUCGCCCUCGAGGAAAUCACGAUGCGCACCCGUUCUCUCGUCCUCCGCCUAGUCGGCACCCGGAAGCUCCUGCGCACCUUUGCCCAGAGUACCGCCGUCCGCACCGACCCCCGCGGCCGACCGCAACUCCCCUUUCUCUCAGUCCCGAUAACCCGCGCAGGACGCGUCCGCUACUUAACUACCGAACGCAAAGCCCAGCUGAAGUACGAGAUCAAGACGGGCAUCAAAUACACGGGUUACAUUUGGAUAGCCGGCGCGUCACUGCUCGCUGUAUGGUUUGCCAUCGUUCAGGAGCGCCUCGAGCGCAGGUAUCCCACGCCGCACGAAUGGACUUACCGGACGCGCAUGGACCUUCGCGGCGGCAACUGUGCCCGCUACGAACCAUCUCCGGGCAAAAUCACCAAUUGGCUGCAGGUGGCAGGGUGGUUUGAGAUGACAGUCAACCGGCUUCACGACCCUAACAUUGACGGGAAGGAUGUCAAGGAUGCUCCUCACGACUGCCCGCCGGGGACCAAGGAUGUCAUGGCCAAAUCCGAGGAAUGGAGGAGGGGUUACUAUGAGGCCAUGAUGGGAUACGCCAAAGCAGCCGAGUACAUGGACGGCUGGGUGUUGGACAAAACGAGGAAUAUUGUGUUCCCGCCGGGCACCAUGAUUGGGCCCUCGAACCCCUACCCCAAGCCGCUCCCGCCAGGAUUCAAGGGCGCUCCUAGAGAAGAGGAUUGUGAGCUGAGGUUUGACUCGCCAGACGCCAUCUACCUCCGGAUUCUGUAUACGCCAGGUUUUACGAACCGGCAAAAGAUCGAGGCCGGUUUGGCAUAUGCCUCCUGGCUAGACUACAAGGGCAUAACUGGCCCAGCAAGCAUCGUCUUUGAAGACGCUGUCCACCUUGCUGCCUCCGAGCGGAAAGAUAUCCCAGCCGAACCCUUGGACCCGGGGACCUGUGUCCUCAAUGAAGCCGCUGGGCUUCCCUCCGAGAACCUCCUCAACUCUCUCACUGCCUACGCCACCUUCCGCGCCCGCCAAGGAGACAUCAACUCGGCCCUCCCCAUCCUCGUCUCAAUCCUCAGAGCCCGCCGCAGCCUUUCCCCACCCACCACCGCCCCAAACCAACCAUCAUCCUUCACCGCGCAUCCAGCCAAUAAGGGCCCAUGGGCCCUGAUAUCCAAAGUCUGGACCCCUCCGCCUUACCCGGCGCCCCCGCCAGACGGCACCUCCCCUCCCGUGCGCGAUGCCCAGGGCCUCUGCCAGGAAGCAGCCCUGAGCCUGCAUAUCGGCGAGAUCAUGUACACUUCAUCGCCCGCCGGCCGGGAGGAAGGGCUGGGCUGGACGCGCGAGGCCGUCGACGUCGCCGAGGAACAGCUCCACCAACUCCCGCAGACGGUUGAGCGGGACAGCCCCGCGCGCGCCGCCUGCCGCGAGUGCCUCGCCACGGGCCUGGGCAACUGGAAGGCCAUGGUGGCCAAGCUGGCCAAGGAGGAGCGGGCCAAGGCGGCUGCUGUUGAAGCCGAAAGGAGGAAGAGGAAGGGUUGGUUUGGGAGCCUGUGGGGAGAGGGACCGGCAAAGGUGGAGGAUGUGGAUCGGUGGGCGGCUGAGGAGAAGGUCAUUGAGGAGAGGCAGAGGAGGGUGAAGGAUCUGUUGGAGGAUUUGAGGCCUCCGCCGAGAGGGAUUUUAUCCUUUCUGCAAGCUUGAGAUGGUUGUUGUAUGUUGAAGGAUGGGAUCAAACAGUGAAACAGCCUGGCGGGAAGCAUGGAGGAUCGGUUGUAUGGAUAACAAUGUGUCGGCUUCUUAUGGCUUCUGCUCUACAAACAUGACGUGUGGUGGUUUGGGGCAACACUGUAGGGCGAGGCUGCAUCACCUUUGAAGCCGCGGUGUACAUCAAGGGACAUAAUUGCGAAUCCAGGCUUCAGAUUGUGGAAUUUGUGUACUAGCUAGCUCUCAGAGUUUGGGAUCAUGAACACUGAGGAUUGCUACAUGCUGAAUUGGUGUCAUAACCUGGAGAGCAUCAAAUGGAAGGAAGCUAUUG